CUCGAGCGAGGCCUGUUCGAGCUACUUCCUGUUGCUUUUUCAAAAUGGCGGCUUUCAAGACACCUGGGAAUUUCUCGAAAAAAGGCGAGAAUGACAAGGCUUUAUCGCUGCUUUUAUCAUGUUCUAUGACAGCUGUAACAAAUCCUUUAAACGUCGUAAAAGUAUUGAUUCAGGUUGGUCACGAGCCUUUGCCUGCAAAGCUGACGACGACAGUGUUUGGAUCGCAAGUCUAUAGACUGCCAGGCCUCUUCCAGUACCUGUCACAUAUCCGGUCAGCAGAAGGUUUCUUUGGACUUUAUAGAGGGGUUGUACCAAGGAUUCUUUGUCAGCUAACAGGAAGUGUGAUCAAUGAUUUUGCCCUGGAGGCUUUACAAAGCAGAGAGAGAUGUGAUAAUGCCGAGCAAACAGAGAAGAGUUUUGCACAAGACACCCAAGACUUCACUGUCGAGACUUGCAAGCAAACAGCAGCCAAGUGUGCUGCAGUGGUGUUAUCCCAUCCGUUUCAAGUUAUAACUGUCCGAAUGGUUGUCCAGUUUGUUGGCAAGGAAGCUAUAUAUACAGGCUUGACGUCCUCCAUCAAGGAGAUCUAUAAUGAACAUGGGAUAUUAGGAUUCUUUGCUGGGCUUGUUCCGAGGAUAGCUGGUGAAGUCCUAUCUCUAUGGAUGUACCGCUCUGUUGUUUUUAUCAUCAACAAAUUUUUCCUGGAUUCUGAGAUGGCUGAGAGGAAGGAAGUUACUGUUUACACGACUGCUCUAUCUCAAUGGCUCUCCAGUAUGUUCACGUACCCUUUUGUGGUAGUUUCAAACAACAUGAUCUCCAACAAUGUUGGACUUGCGGCAGGUGAACCCCCGGCUAUGCCAGUUUAUGCCGACUGGGUGGAUUGCUUCAAGCACAUGAGAAAAACGGGCAACCUAUGGCGUGGGUCAAGCCUGUUCAGGCGGACCGUCAAGACCAAGCUAGCCAUCAAAUAACUCCGCGGUCGCCUGUACCGGGUAACCUCACCACUCGGCAAAUCUCUCAACUGAAGUCUAGACGCCGAAACCGACCAAUCAUCGUCUGUCUACUCAGCUCUUCGCAGAUUUGAUUCUGGCCGCGAUGGACUGGAACUCACUAAUGGACCUAUAGUGAGGUUUUGUGUAAAGCCACUUCGCACCCUUCAAAUGGUAGUAUUUCGGUGACAUUCUGUGAGUUGAAUAUUGCUAAUAAUUUGUUAUUUUAUUGGAUUUGGGGACCAAGGAACUUAUACUUGUGAAUUUUAUUUUAAUAAAAUUUGGAAUAAAUAGCUACUUUUUGUGGCUUUGGAA